AUGAACGGAGAAGCAGACUGCCCCACAGACCUGGAAAUGGCCGCCCCCAAAGGCCAAGACCGCUGGUCUCAGGAAGACAUGCUGACUUUGCUAGAAUGCAUGAAGAACAACCUUCCAUCCAACGACAGUUCCAAGUUCAAAACCACUGAGUCACAUAUGGAUUGGGAAAAAGUAGCAUUCAAAGACUUUUCUGGAGACAUGUGCAAGCUCAAAUGGGUGGAGAUUUCUAACGAGGUGAGAAAGUUCCGUACAUUGACAGAACUGAUCCUCGAUGCUCAGGAACAUGUUAAAAACCCUUACAAAGGCAAAAAGCUCAAGAAACACCCCGACUUCCCAAAGAAGCCCCUGACCCCUUAUUUCCGCUUCUUCAUGGAGAAGCGGGCCAAGUACGCUAAGCUUCACCCUGAGAUGAGCAACCUGGACCUGACCAAGAUCCUGUCCAAGAAAUACAAGGAACUGCCCGAGAAGAAGAAGAUGAAGUAUAUUCAGGACUUCCAGAGGGAGAAACAGGAGUUCGAGCGAAACCUGGCCCGAUUCAGGGAGGAUCACCCUGACUUAAUCCAGAAUGCCAAGAAGUCGGACAUCCCCGAGAAGCCCAAAACCCCCCAGCAGCUGUGGUACACCCAUGAGAAGAAAGUGUAUCUCAAGGUUCGGCCAGAUGAGAUUAUGCGUGACUAUAUCCAGAAGCACCCUGAGCUGAACAUCAGUGAGGAGGGCAUCACCAAGUCCACCCUCACCAAGGCUGAGCGCCAGCUCAAGGACAAAUUCGAUGGGCGACCUACCAAGCCGCCUCCGAACAGCUACUCGCUGUACUGCGCGGAGCUGAUGGCCAACAUGAAGGACGUGCCCAGCACGGAGCGCAUGGUGCUAUGCAGCCAGCAGUGGAAGCUGCUCUCGCAGAAGGAGAAGGAUGCCUACCACAAGAAGUGCGACCAGAAAAAGAAAGAUUACGAGGUGGAACUGCUCCGUUUCCUGGAGAGCCUGCCGGAGGAGGAGCAGCAGCGGGUGCUGGGGGAAGAGAAGAUGCUGAGCAUCAACAAGAAGCAAACCACCAGCCCGGCCUCCAAGAAGCCCUCCCAGGAAGGGGGCAAGGGCAGCUCCGAGAAGCCCAAGAGGCCGGUGUCAGCCAUGUUCAUCUUCUCCGAGGAGAAGCGGCGGCAGCUGCAGGAGGAGCGGCCGGAGCUCUCGGAGAGCGAGCUGACCCGCCUGCUGGCCCGCAUGUGGAACGACUUAUCGGAGAAGAAGAAGGCCAAAUACAAGGCCCGGGAAGCAGCGCUGAAGGCCCAGUCGGAGAGGAAGCCGGCUGGGGAGCGCGAGGAGAGGGGCAAACUGCCCGAGUCACCCAAGAGAGCCGAGGAGAUCUGGCAGCAGAGCGUCAUCGGUGACUACCUGGCCCGCUUCAAGAAUGACCGGGUGAAGGCCUUGAAAGCCAUGGAGAUGACCUGGAACAACAUGGAGAAGAAGGAGAAGCUGAUGUGGAUUAAGAAGGCAGCCGAAGACCAGAAGCGCUAUGAGAGAGAGCUGAGUGAGAUGAGGGCACCCCCGGCUGCUGCAAACUCAUCCAAGAAGAUGAAGUUCCAGGGAGAACCCAAGAAACCUCCCAUGAACGGUUACCAGAAGUUCUCCCAGGAGCUGCUGUCCAACGGGGAGCUGAACCACCUGCCCCUGAAGGAGCGCAUGGUGGAGAUCGGCAGCCGCUGGCAGCGCAUCUCCCAGGGCCAGAAGGAGCACUACAAGAAGCUGGCCGAGGAGCAGCAGAAGCAGUACAAAGUGCACCUGGACCUCUGGGUCAAGAGUCUGUCUCCCCAAGACCGGGCUGCAUACAAAGAGUACAUCUCCAACAAACGUAAGAGCAUGACCAAGCUGCGAGGCCCGAACCCCAAGUCCAGCCGGACUACACUACAGUCCAAAUCCGAGUCUGAGGAGGACGAGGAUGAAGAUGAGGACGAGGAGGACGAGGAUGACGAGGAAGAUGAUGAUGAGAAUGGGGACUCCUCUGAGGAUGGCGGGGACUCCUCUGAGUCCAGCAGCGAGGACGAGAGCGAGGACGGGGAUGAGAACGAGGAGGACGAUGAGGAUGAGGAUGAUGAUGAGGACGACGACGAGGAUGAAGACAACGAGUCUGAGGGUAGCAGCUCCAGCUCUUCCUCCUCAGGGGACUCUUCGGACUCUGACUCCAACUGA